GGCGCCGCUUGGCGGCUCAGGGGCGCGGCCGGGAGCGGCGGGGCAGCGCGGGGGGAAGGUGCCUGGGCACUGCCCGCGGCAAGGGGAAGCUGCUUGGGGGUGCCCCGUACCGCCCAUGUAGUGCCGGCCCCUUUCCCGUCCCCUCACCCUCACGGCGUCGGCUGCUGUGUCUCGGGUGGGGGAUCUUGAGGCCAGGCUUUGCCCUGAUGGGCCUCUCUCGCUCCCUCCCUCCCUUUUAUGUCAGUUACAGUCAGUAGCCCUCCCUUUUGGGGGGUUGUUUAACUUUUCUGCAGUGAAUGUGUGAGCGGUCGGGCCAAGUAAAUAAGCGCUAAAUAAAUAUCCCUUACAACCUUACUUUAUUGAGUAUUGACUGUGGCCAGUAAUUUCCCUCAGGGUCACCUGGACGCCUCAUUCUUGUUGUAGGUCUGGGUUUUGUUCAUCCUGCAUUUUAUAUUCGACUGAACUGAGAAUUGGGACACAAUGUUGUCAUCUGCGCACAUACAGAAUAACGAUGGUCUAUCAGCGUUGCAUGUUCAACAAAAGCUGUCUUCUGACAUGGCUGAGGGAACAAGACGUGCACUACUUAUUACACCUGGAGAAGCAGCAAAACUCUGUUCAUUGAUUCAGUCCUGUGAAGACUAUUUUAGCAUCAGAAAAGUCAACCAACAUGGAAAAUAUUUUACUGGUCUAAGUGAAGAAGCAGACCAAUUUUCAGCAUGCAUGGAGGAGGAGCCCUUGAAGCAGAAUUGGUGUUCAUUUUUCAAAGUUGUGGAUAAACAUCAGACCAAGCUGAAAGAACUUUCACCCCAGCUCAAAAGCAGAUCACAGGAAAACUUCCUACAACAAAACCUGAGUGAAAUGAGAUGGUUGAAAGAAGAUGAAAUUGCCAGAUUGGAGGAAAAGCUUCUUGAAGCAGAGAUGACAAUCAGAUCAACAGAAAUGUUUUUGCCUUCUUUUAAAGUCACUAUUGAUGGAAUGACAAAUGUGUGUAACCUUUCUACAUCAGAUAUGAUUAAGAUUUCUACACAAGAGGAUUUACUGAUAAAGGAACUAGAGACUCUCAAACACAUAAAAGGAUUGUUACUGCACCUACUUAGAACAACAGAGCAUGAAGAAAUAAGCAGUAAACAAAUUGACAUUUUGAUGCAGAAGUUAACUGAAAGUGAAACUGAAAAUGAUGGUCUCAGAAAAGAAAUGCUUGAAACAGAAAAGCAUAUUGUAGAGCUUUCUUCUCAGCUUCAACAGGAAAAAGCAAAUGCACUAAAAGCAGACCACCUAUCAAAGUCAGUAGAAGCUGUACAAACCCACCUGCAAUACCAGAUUCAGAAAAAGGAGGCUGAGAAUGAUCAGUUGAAAGCAAAAUUACAGACUCUGGAAAAGAAAAUAACUGAGUGGAAGCUUCAAAUUGGCAAACACAAGCACCAAAUUUUAACUGUAAAGGAAACAAAUGAGCAAAAGAAGAAAGCUCUGAAAAAAGCAACCAGAGCCCAGAAACAAAGAGCUGAAUGUUUUGAAGCAUCUGUUGAAAAACUAACUUCCAAAAUUAGAAAGAGGGAAGUCAAAUUGUCUGAAGUACUUCCAGCUUCCAGUGUCUGGAAAAAUCUUCAUGAGAAGGCUGUAGAAGAAAAGACUAGGUUAGAGGUUCAAACUGAAACUCUGAAGAAGCAGAUCACAAACCUUUUGGAGGACCUGAAAAAAAUACAAGAUUGUGGAAGAAAUUCAAAUGAAGAAAUCCAUGGAAAACUUAAUUCUAUCAAUUCAGAAAAUGCAAAUAUUCGUCUUGAAAAUGCAAAAUUGAAGGCUUUACUUGCUGCUUUGGAAGAUAACACUGUUUCGGCUGAAGCUGAACUCUUAAACCUGCAAGAAAAAGUAAAACAGCAGGAGAACCUUGCUGAACAGUAUAAAACUCAGGUACAAAAAUUACAAACAGAAGCAGAAGAACUGAAAGCCAGAUAUGAAAAAGUGUUAAAUGAAAACAAAAUAACAGAAGCCAAAGAUUUAGAGAUAAGUGAGGUGAGGAGCCAGAUGCAGGCUCACUUGAAGGAGUUAGAACAUGUUCGUGACUUACUGAAAGUAUCUGAAGAGAGGCUGCAGGAGUAUCAGGAAAGCCUGUUGUCCUACAAAAAGAGCUAUGCUGACAAAUCCAAAACCAUUAGGAAGCUACAGGUCCAGAUGGAUGACAAGUUCUUGAGAAACCAUUCUUUGGAAGAGGAAAAUUGUAACAUUAAGAAGAAAUAUGAAUAUCUUAAAAGACAGCUAGAAAAGAUGGAAGUACAAAAUGAAGAACUUGCACAUCAGCUGGCAAACCAAGAGGAGAGUCUUCAGCAGAGUGAAUUGCAGCUUAAAGAGAAAUUAACAGAAUAUGAUGCUUUAGCCAGACAGUUGGAGGCUGCUUUGGAAGAAGGCAGAAAAAAGGAAUCUGAAGAGGUGGAAAAAAAUUCAUCCAAGGAGAGAGCUCUUCAGACAAAAAUAUUGGCUCUGGAAACUGAAUUGAGAGAGACACGAGAGGAGCAAAAGCGACUUGUCUGCAAAUUAAACAAUCGUGAGAAACAUCAGGAAGUAUGUUUGAAAGAAUUGGAGCACCAUCUACAAAAAUCAGAAAACCAGAACCACCGCAUCCACAAUUAUGUACAGUUCUUGAAAAACUCAUAUAUAACAACGUUUGGCUGAUUUCUUUAAUUUAGAAUACUUUAAAUAGCACUUUACAAGAUUCUGUCCUUAUUGGGUGUCCUUAACUCUCAGUGAAGUCAAUGGAAGUUGAGGACACUUUGCUGGAUUGAACCCUGUGUCAUUAGGGCUUCAUAGCAAAACUUUCACUCCCAAGUUUUUCAGAAUUGAGCCUACCCUGAAGUAUAUACACUGUCUGUCUGAUCAUGUUCUGAAUGUUUACAUGGCAUUACUAAUCUGCAUUUCUGGAACAAUAGUGAAGGAAAAACUGCGCAGUCUCCACAACAGAUAUGCUUUCCUGUUGUUCACUGUACUUCCGCUGCUGUAAAAAUCUCACUGGAUUCAAUUUGCAUUCCAGCUACCAUGACAGUAAUAGAAAUACUAUUCUUACUAUUUUGUAAGUGUAAUUUAUAAUUGAAAGAAAAUCGAUUCAGAUUAUUAUAUGGAGGCACUAAAUGUGGUGACAAUCCUCCUGAUAAUGGCCCCAAUUCAACAAGGUAUUUAAGAAUAUCCCUAAUUUUAAGCACAUAAGUAAUUCAUUUGAAGUCAAUGGGAUCACUCGUGUGCCUAAAAUAAACAGCAUGCCUAAGUACCUAGCUGAACUGGGUCCAGAAUGAAGGAAAAUUCUGAUUAUGUAAAUUGGUUUUCUAUAGCAAUAAUAUAAAAUAUUCUUACAGAAUUGUGAUACUGUUUUUAAAGGAUAACAGUUUCAGACAACAUCUAAACAUCUCAAUAUAUAAAUUUUAAAUGUAUAUUAUAUAUCCUAUAAAUGUCCUUUUUAUAUAAAAAAUAAACUGAUGUUUCUUA